UGAAUCGUCUCGAAGAAGCAAAAGGAAAGUUGAUUCAAAAUUUGAACUGCAGAGAGAGAAUGGCGACGACUGCGAAGAACAUGAAGGGUUUCUACAAGCAGACGAAGAGCAAUAUCACCGGAGGUAUCUCCAAGUCCAAGCCAUCUUCCCGGAGAGUGUCUCCCAAACACGCGGCCACCCAGGGCUCCGAUGCUACGCAGCCGGCGGCGUUGAUUUCGCACGGCUCCCUCGAUGUCAAGGGUGAUUAUGACGAGAAGGAGGAGAUGCUCAGGCAGUUUGACAUGAACAUGGCUUACGGUCCGUGCGUGGGUAUGACGAGACUUGAUCGAUGGGAACGUGCACUGCGCUUAGGGAUGAAUCCUCCCAGUGAAAUCGAUAAGCUUUUGAAAACUGACAAGGUUCAGCAGGAUUGUCUUUGGCAAGGUCGCGUCUAAUAAAGUUUCAAUCUUUUUUCAGCUAUGCCCGCCCCUUGUAUGAUCCAUUGUCACUUGCUGUCUUUUGUGAAUGUUUGGUUCAGCCACUGGCUGGAUCACCCACUUUGUUGUUUUAAUCUUAAAAAACCUUCGUAAUGGAAUGCAUUUUGUUGGCGUC